AUGGUCCUCCAACCACCACCAGCAGUACACAUGGCGCACGAUAACUCCAGCCCACCCCACUACUCAGCACCCAACGAACAAGCCAUCGAACCUGUCCCGAGUUACAACGACCUCUCCCACAAUUUCCCCACCCACACCUCCACCACCCGCUCACCAUCCACUGCCAAGCGAGCGCCUCCCGAAGCACUAUCAAACGACCUCGAAGCCAACACUCCGACCACACUCCGGGUUCCUCCCAACUCGAUCAACAUCACCCCCCAUGUCCUGCAUCCCCGCGGCAUCCGGCCUACCUGCUGUAGUCGCGUGUGCGCUGGAAUUGGGUUGAUUAUCAUUGUGGUGGUGAUCGUGUUGCUUGCCACGGGAGCAUUCCUGGAGGAUCAUGACGCGGAUGAAGGAAGUGGGCUUAGGGGCAAUGAGGGGAUUGUGUUCAGGAGGGGUGGAUAG